CUCUGCGUUUUAAAACUUUCUUUAAGACGAACACACAAGACCAACAUGCAUAGUAAAGAUCAAAUCUGCCAUGAGGACUAUCAGAGAACGGCAGACUGGCUGUUGUCCCAGACACGACACAGACCUAAAGUAGCCAUCAUCUGCGGUUCUGGACUGGGAAUGCUUGCGGAUGCGCUCAAAUGCCGAGACUCGUUCAAAUACUUGGACAUCCCUGGCUUUCCUCAGAGCACAAUGAAGGGUCAUGCUGCAAGGCUGGUUUUUGGAGAGCUCAAAGGGAAGACCUGUGUGUGCAUGCAGGGCCGAUUCCACAUGUAUGAGGGACACUCGCUAAGCAAGGUCACUUUUCCAGUAAGAGUGUUCAAGCUUCUGGGUGUUGAAACCUUGAUGGUCACUAAUGCAGCAGGGUCAUUAGCGGACAGUUAUAGCUGUGGUGAUAUUAUGAUCAUAUGUGACCACAUUAACUUCCCUGGACUUGCUGGAUUGAACCCUCUAAAUGGCCCUAAUGAUGAUAAGUUUGGUCCUCGAUUUCCACCCAUGUCUGGGGUCUAUGACAAAAGCCUACGGAAGAUGGCGUUUGACAUCUGUAAGAACAUGGGUGUCUCCCAGUAUGUUCAAGAGGGCGUCUACUGCAUGGUGGGAGGACCCAAUUUUGAGAGCAUAGCUGAGGCCCGCUUUCUGCACCGACUGGGAGUGGAUGCAGUUGGAAUGAGUACUGCACCGGAAGUGUUGGUUGCCAGUCAUUGUGGCAUGAGAGUCUUUGGUCUCUCCCUCAUCACUAACAAAGUAGUGAAAAGCUAUGAGGACAAUGAGUCUGUCAAUCAUGAAGCUGUGCUGGAAGUGAGCAAAAUGCGUUCAGAGACGCUGCAGGCGCUCAUCACAGAGCUCAUCAGCCGCAUGGACAUCAACAACAACACAGCAUGAUGUCAUCAACACUGUAACUGCCAAUCAAAUCCUCACUCAGGAAAAUCUGCAGCUAUGAUCUUGUUUUUCAUUUUUGUUUUCAUGUGUUCAUGGUUUUUUUUUUUUUUUUUUUUUUUUUUUUUAGAUAUUUAAAUGUUAAGAUUUUACUCUUUGCAGUGAUCACGAAAAUUAUCUUGUUUGAUGGUGCCAUAAAAACAAACUUAAAACACUAGGUUAUUCAUUAUGUUAUUCAUUAAAUGUUUAUCUUUUUGUGCUGUGAAGGUUGUAUAUGAAUCUGUAUAUUGAUGAUUACAUAAUAUUAAGCACACCUUUAUGUGGGGAAUUAUGCAGUAAAAUAAAUGUAUGCAAUGCUAUUCAUUAUGCAAAGUAAUAUAAUUGUUAAUGUUAAUAUUUUGAUGAUAAAGUUGGAUAUUUAAAUCAUUGCCAUGCUAUUUUAUAAUACAUUUUAUAUAUACUGUUGGUAUUGUAGAUGUGCCACUGAAUAUGGACCGUUUUGUUUAACCUUCUCUUAUAAGCAUUCGUCCUAUCUAUAAUCCAGAUAUGUAUUUUGAAAAUAUAUUUUACAUUACAACAUCAUACAUUUUUUAAUUAUACAGUACAACCCAAUUAAUUAAAC